CGUUGACGAUGAAGACGAGCUUGCAGCGAGCGUGGAUAUUGUUGAAACAGAGCAAGAGCCUACCGAAUACACCUAUCCAUCAAAUCCACAUGUCAGUUUCUGUGAUCUACCCGGUUAUGGUACACCCAGCUUUCCUAAUCUUGAAACCUACUGGAAAACACUUGAAUUGGAAAAGUUCGAAAUAUUUCUGAUUUUUAUGUCACUGCGGGUAACAGAACUUGAUCUUGCGAUAAUAAAGAAAGUCAAAUCCAUUAAAAAGUCAUUCUUUCUCAUUCGCACCAAGAUUGAUGUGGAAUGCAUGACGAAGAAACCUAAUGCUCAGUUGCAAGAAGAAGACCUAUUAUCGAAAAUUAAGGAUUAUAUAAUAACAUCGACAAAACAUUUGUCAUGCGCUGAAGAAGACAUAUUCCUUAUCAGUAACUAUUACCCGUACAAGUGGGAUUUCUUCAGAUUGAUACAAGCAAUAAUGAGCGUGAUGCGCUCUCCUGAAACAG